UCAACUUGAUCUGGUCCAUUAUCUAUAACGAUGGUUAAAGGCGAUCAUUUUCUGGGUAGCCGGUGGGGGGCACCGAAUUACUUUCUCGCCCUCUUUGAAAUGUUGUAGUCGUGGGAUUAAUUCUUUGGGGAUGGAAUCUUCUCAUUCCUAGCUUUUACACUUAUUUCUGAUGAGUAUCUAAUUUUUUAGCUCACUUUUAGACAGAGGCUCCAUACAGUCUUCUAUAGAGCCGUAACGAUUUCAAGGUAUUAGAUUUGUUUUUUCUCCGGAUUAAAACGUCUUCCAGUUCGCUGUAUAAUUCAUAUCAUUGUUGGCUGAUGUUAAAGGCAGCACCCGCAGGAAUUUGCCAUGGAAACUUACCGCAAACUCCCCAGCGUAGGAAUCCAUCCCGGCGCGUACAAAGCUGCUAUGGAAUGUGGAAAACAAAUUGGGACUGUGUUCAGUGAUAGUUCCGAACUUGAAACAGCUCUCAACAGUGUUACACCGGGAGGCGGAAAUACACUUCUGCACCUUGCUGCUAGCGUAAGAAAUAUAGAAUGCAUUAGAGAGCUCCUGAAAUGCAAACCUCUACUUGUGAGCCAAACCAAUUCCCAGGGAAAUACAGCGUUACACUUGGCUGCUCAGCGAGGUUUCUCUGAUGUCGUGGAGCUUAUACUUAAAGAGAACGAAAGUGGUGUGGAUGCCGCCAACGAUCUUGGUGAAACUGCUUUGUUUAAAGCUUGCGAAAGCGGUGACUCAAAAACAGUGGAGCAGCUGCUUAAAGCACUUUGGGCAAGUCUAUACAAGAGGACAAAGGACAACCGAACCUGCUUAAAUGUUGCAAUAAACAGAGGAGAUUCAGAUGUGGUAAAGCAUAUACUACAAUCAUAUAGGGAAGAUAGUGCAGAGAUAAUCAGUGAAACCUACAAUCAUGGCGACACAGCCUUGCAUGUAGCUGUUGGGAGAAACUAUCUGCAUAUAAUUACGCAGUUAAUCGAGUUUGAGCCCCAACUGUGUUAUUGUCUUAAUGACAAUCAUGAAACUCCGCUUCUUAUGGCAGCGAAACUGGGGCAUCUGGAAGCAGUAAAAGAGUUGAUAAAGUGGCGGCCAGAUGCUGUUGAAAUACCAAAUAGUUAUGGAAUGAAUGCACUACACUUAGCUGCUCAAGUUAGCCAACUACGAAUUGUUGAUUACUUGAAUGAAACGGUCUUCUUAUUAGACUUGGUCAACAAAGGACUUGAGGAGCCUCCAGAGGAAAAGCCCAUGCAAAGCGAAGAAAACGCAGUUCCCGCUAAAAAGAAAGAUCCUUUUUCAAAGAUAAGUAAAGGAGACACACCUCUGCACAUUGCAGCAAGGAACAAAUGUUUCCAUAUGGUGGAUUCUUUGCUGCGCAUACCGGGUAUAAACAAGGCUGCCGUAAACAAAGAAGGCUUAACAGCACUAGACAUCGCCAGAGAAAUCACAGAGUACCAUGAGUCUCACAAGAUAAUUGCAAUGCUCAGUAGUUAUCCUUCCAAGUGCAGGCCUUUCUUGUACAGCGCUCCAAAGGUGACGGCAGAGAAACAAAAGGCUGCCAUAAAGUUACUGGAUGAGACAUUUGACGCCAGACGCAACACAGAAUUAGUGGUGGCGGUGUUGUUAGCAACAAUGUCAUUUACGGCUGCGUUCACCGUUCCAGGAGGUUUCCAAACGGAGAGAGAGAAAGUAAAGACAGAGAAAAUGUUGGGCUCGCCAGUUCUGAUUGGUUUCGAGUCUUUUAAGGUGUUUCUCAUUUUUGAUUGCCUGGCCUUCUUUUUGUCGCUCUUUGCGUUGCUUGUUUGGCAGAUGAGUACGCCUCUUACCACGGAGAAUAAGGUAGUGUUCCUGUGUUUCACUAAUCUAUCCCUUUGUGCCACCUUUGCCUUUACGGCCUAUGGCUUCAUGGCUGCGUUGUAUACCAUGCUUGCGCACAAGGUUAACUUGCUGGCUUGGGUUGCGCUUGGGACGUGCACUUUCAUCUGUUGCUGUGGUAAUUUGGCUUUCUUCUACUUGUCUGCAAGGUUUUUAUUGAAGAUGGCGAGAUUCAAUGUCUUGAGAGGUGUAUGUCCUUUUAUGUCUGACCGUCUGGUGGAGUAUGUGUGGAUUAAACUAGAAAGUUGGGGGAUUUGUGACUUGCUGCGUAAGUACAAAAGCAAAAUUGUUGAUAUCUUUUACCUCAACUGUCUUAGGAAAGCUAGGCUUAUGCCUAACAGUGCGGAGGAAAGCAAGCUGUGUUGUUUUAUCUCCUACUGUAAUCCGCUUAUAAAGGAUAUGCCGAAGCAUGAGAGGUCUGCUGAAAAUCGUUCAGGUGAAACGUGUUUUUGUUGACCUGGUGAGAGAGGAGGAUAUGGUGCAUUUGGUAGUGGUAAAGAAUGCUUGAAGAAGUUACUUUGACAAGUUUAAGUUAUUUUGUACUUUGUUUAAAUGUCUAUUUAUUAUUAAUACCGUGGUUAAUAUUACUAGAUUUAGUCGUG